AUGGGAUCGCUUUCUCCUUGUGCAAGGUUUCCUUAUGGAGAAACAUUUUUCAAAAAUGCAACAGGUCGAUGUUCAAAUGGUCUGCUUAUGAUUGACUUCAUUGGGACCAAGUAUCUAGCCAAUAUAGGUACUCUCAAACACCGGAUUCCUUUUAUGGCACGACAUUAUCGGCAGGUCUGCCAUCACUAUAACCUUACAAAGAAGUUGGAGCAACGGUUAAUGCACGUUGCCAAAAACAUCUAUAGCAACGCAAACGUCUCAAACGGUGUAAACUUUGCAGUAUCAGGCUCCACUGCUUUACCAGUAGAAACAUUGGUCGCAGAAAACAUUUCAUCUAUAGUAACCAACAGUUCGCUUGACGUACAAUUGGAUCGGAUGCAUUCUCAUUUCAAUUCAACAUGCCACGAUCAAAAAGGUUCGUUGGUUGGAGAAAUAGGUGGUAAUGAUUAUAACUUUGCAUUAUUCCAAGGAAAAUCUAUUCAAGAAUCAAAAGAUAUGGUAUCUCAAGUUGUUGUUGUCAUUGCAAAUGCUGUUAGGAGAGUAAUUCAUUUUGGAGCUACUCGAGUAGUCGUUCCUAGUAAUUUUCCUAUUGAUUGUUUUCCGAUCUAUCUCACUAGGUUUCACACAAAUGACCCGAGCGCUUAUGAUCAACACUUUCAUUGCCUUAAAGUCUUCAAUAACUUUUCAAUGUGUCAUAAUGAGCUUUUGCAACAAGCUAUAAAGAAGUUGAAGAUUGAACAUCCGAAUACUAUUAUUAUUUAUGGAGAUUAUUGCAAUGCAUUUAUGUGGGUCCUAUCUCGAGCGUGA